AUCGUUAAUGUUGUUGCAUUUACACUAUAAACGAUAACAACGCGCACACUCCACUUAAUGCGUUUAUUGCAAGAACAUUUAAUUCCCAAGAACACCAAACACCGGCUGCAGUCCACAAGCAACCAUGAACCUAGUGAUAAUUUUAUUAGCACUAGCAGCGUUCCAAAGUGUUCACUGUGCUAACAUCUUAGGAAUUUUCCCAACCCGUGGCCGCAGUCACUACAUCGUCGCCAGCAGCCUCAUGCGCGGACUCGCCGAAAAGGGCCACAACGUCACCGUAAUCGCCUCCUUCGAAGAAAAAACCCCCCCAAAAAAUGGAACCUACAAAAACAUCCUCAUUACGCACCCGUCGGACGUUAAAAAAUUCGAUCUGUUCGCCCUGGAGCAGAUGAAUUUCGUCACCUUCACCAUGACGAUCAACUUCAUGGGCAACUACUACACAGAGGCCGUUUUAUCGCACCCAAAAGUCCAAGAGCUUCUAAUGUCUGACCAAACAUUCGACGUCGUCAUUGUCGAGCAGUUCGUCGACGACGCCUUGAAAGUAUUUGCCUAUCACUACAAAGCUCCGUUAGUACUAUUCAUUGCGUGUGGUUCGCACUCCUGGAUUAACCCUCUUGUGGGAAACCCAGGACCACCGUCUUACGUUCCCGAGCAAAAUAUCCACUUUCGACAAAUUAGAUUUUUAGAUCGUCUUAGAAACACGAUUGUGUAUAUUUUCGGCGAACUCAACCGAAACUUGCUAUUUUUUCCGCAGCAGGAGAAAAUCAUGAAGAAGUACUUUUCAGAAGCGCCAGCCCUAAACGAGCUUGUUUAUAAUGCGUCUUUGGUACUUCUGAAUUCCCACUGGAGCACGAAUAUGGCGGUACCCAGAGUCCCGAACAUGGUUGAUCUGGGAGGCAUUCACGUAAAACCGCCACAGGUACUACCACAAGACUUAAAAGAGUACCUAGAUGGUGCCAAAGAAGGUGUGAUUUACUUCAACAUGGGUUCGGUCUUGCAAAGCGUGAAUUUCCCAGUCGAGAAACGCGAAGCUUUUAUUAAAGUUUUCGCAAAAUUGAAGCAAAAGGUGUUGUGGAAGUGGGAGGGUGAUGUUUUACCCAACAAGCCAGCAAACGUGCGAGUCCAGAAAUGGAUGCCCCAGCAGGACGUUCUAGGACACCCUAACAUUAAAGCGUUUGUUACACACGGAGGUCUACUAAGUUUAAUCGAGAGUGUUUAUCAUGGUGUUCCAAUAUUGGCAGUACCGGUGUAUGGGGAUCAAGUUUGGAACUCUGUAGAGGCUUCAACGAAUGGUUUGGGCAGCUACGUGUUGUAUGGCGAUCUUAAUGAAGACAAGUUAGAAAAGACACUGAAAGACGUACUGCACAAUCCACGGUAUCGACAGAAUAUGAAAAUACGAUCGAAAAUAAUGCGGGAUCGUCGCCACAAACCGAUUGACGACGCAGACUACUGGAUACAGUACGUGAUAAGAUACAAGGGUGCAACUCAUCUCAAAGUACCGGGUUUGCAGCUGCCUUGGUAUCAGUACCUAUUGCUAGAUGUAGCUUUGUUUAUGCUAAUAGUCGUACUCUUAGCAAGUUAUUUAUGUUAUUAUGUAACGAAAAUUGUAUUAGUGAAACUGCAUCUGAAGGUACGUCGUCGAAAUAAAGAUAAAAGAGCUUAAAAAGA